AUGAAGAGUGGUCCAGCAGAGCUGUUUAAGAGCUUUAGAAAAAUUGUUUUACCAAUCUUAACGUUACUUCUCUUACUCAAAAUCACUUUCUUUUCAUUUGAUACUAACACUUAUUCUUUGCUACAAAAUAUUGAACCACUCCCUAUUAAUCAUAAGGCCAUUACCCAAUUACUGUCUCCAGGAAUUACCAACAAUUCAGAGAAAACAGGGGAGAAACAGCAAUUAUGUAACAUCUUUGUGGGAAAAUGGGUGCCAAAUCCAAAGGGACCAUACUAUACAAAUGAGACAAACUGUGUGAUCGAUGAUCGACAGAAUUGUAUGAAAUAUGGAAGACCGGAUAGUGAUUUCUUACAUUGGAGAUGGAAGCCAAAUGAUUGUGAACUUCCACUAUUUGAUGCUAAUCAAUUUUUGGAAAUUGUUCGUGGAAAGACUUUGGCUUUUGUUGGAGAUUCAGUAGCAAGAAACCAAAUGCAGUCCCUCGUGUGCCUUCUAUCUAGUGCGGUCAUUCCUGUAGACGUAUCGGAGACUCCGGACACAAGAUUCAGGCGAUGGUUGUAUAAAGAUUACAACUUUACAAUCAUGGCCCUGUGGUCUCCACUGUUGAUCAAAUCCCAUGAAACUGAUCCUAGUUACACUCUCAUGAAUCUGUAUCUCGACAAGGCCGAUGAUGCCUGGGCAAGUCAGGUUGACAAAGCUGAAAUUGUCAUAAUCUCUGGAGGCCAAUGGUUCUUUAGGCCAUUUUUGUACUACGAAAAUGAUCAGCUCAUUGGAUGUUACCUAUGCAAUGAUAAAAAUGUUACAAAACAGAGCCAUUUUUAUGGAUACAGAAUGGCGUUUCGUACAGCUUUCAAGACCUUUUUAAGCCUGAAGAAAUUGAAGGGUCGAUUGGUAAUGCUAAGGCCAUACUCCCCUUCACAUUUUGAGAAUGGGGAAUGGAAUAAUGGAGGGAAUUGCAAUAGAACAGGUCCCUUCAAGAAGGAAGAAAUGAAAUUGGACGGUUACGAAUUGAAGAUGUAUAUGACUCAAUUGGAGGAAUUUAAGGCAGCAGAAAGGGAAGGUAGAAAAAGGGGCAGUGUCAAAUUCAAAUUGCUUGAUACAACUGAAGCAAUGGUAAUGAGACCAGAUGGACAUCCAAAUCAUUAUGGACAUUGGCCAAAUGAAAAGCAAAUACCUGAUUGUGUGCAUUGGUGUAUGCCAGGACCUGUUGAUACUUGGAAUGAGCUUUUGUUAGCAACUCUAAAGAUGGAAGGAGAUGGAUUUAUUCAGAGAUAG